CUAGGGAAAGGCCAAUGGCGGGAUUUAGGACAAACUAUGUAUUGUCUCAUAGGGGUGCUAGGAUACAAAGUUUUACAAAUUCGUGCGUACUUAUACGGGGAUGGGUUCAUACAUGUAAAUGUUAUAAGUUGAAAUGUUUCUUUAGCAAACACGUUUAAAAGUUUUGCUUCUGCCGAGUGGUUAUAGAAUGUGCGGAUAUAUUAUAACAUUCACUUGGUAUGAGCCAUGCAGAAAUCACUUGAAUUUAAAUUUUCGGGUAACAAUGUGGAAAGUUUUCAAAUGAAAGUUUUGUGAAAGAGAAAGGGACUAAAAUACUGUUAAGAGAAGAGAGACAUUAACGGGAAACACAAAAAGGACCUAAACCUAGCUGCCUGCCGUACACAGAUGGCCUGGUCCACUCGAUCCUGAGGUGUGGAGAGGACUCACAAAUGUCACCAGGCUCACUUAGGAGCUCCAGUGAGUGAGUGAGUGCGUGCGUGCCCCAGCACUGGAUUAACAGCCUCAACAAGAAGCCGGCGGAGAGCAGCAGCAGCAGGAGGAGGACUGCCUGUCUGUGUGGAGUUGUCUAUUUUUUUUUUUUUGCUGGGUGAACGAGGGGGCUGUAUCGGAACCCCCCCACACACCCCCCCCCCCCCCCCCCAAACCACCACCUCCACUCUCGCUCCCGGACCUGCCGUGGGUCAGUCAGCCGGACUGAUGUGGAAUGUGACCCCUGCUGACCCCAGCCCACAAGCCCCCAUUCACUGAGCUGCAGCGGCAAGAGGGCGCCUGAAAGAGCCCCGGCCAGCCAGGCCCAGCACAAAGACCAGGAGGAGAGGAACAGCGAGGAGCAGCAGUAACAACAGCAGCAGGAGCAGGAGGAGGAACCCUUCAGGACUGCAGCUUCAGCAGUCCACCACCACUGCUGCUGCCGCCACCGCCAAUCCCAUCAUGCCCGUGGAGACGCUGCGGCCAUCCGAUGGGCGCCUGGGCACCGGGGGCCCCUUCACCUCGGCCAUGCCCUUCCGCAUCCUCAACAAGGGCCCCGACUACUUCCGUCGGCCGGCGGAGCCGGGGGCGCGCAAGCUGAGCGCCGUGGAGCGCCUGGAGGCGGACAAGGCCAAGUACGUGAAGAGCCAGCAGGUGGCGCUCACGAGGCAGGAGCCCGUCAAGCCGCCCAUCAUCCGCAAGCCGCUCAUGUCGCCGGGCAUGAUGCUGCAGUGCCGCAUCAGCACGCCGCCGGCCCGCAAGGUGCCGCGCCGACCGGCCCACAACGCCGACGCGGAGAACGGAGGAGCGGGCAUGGGCCGCCGCGGAGGGCCGCACCUCAACCUGGAGAUCCUCAACAACCUCAUCAACGUGUGCGACGGGCCGCCGCUGCCCUCGCCGUCGUCCUCUCCGUCUCCCGUGCCCUCGUCCCCGUCCCCCUCCGCCUCCUCGCCCUCCUCGGGGUGCAAGCGUCCGGGGAGCGGCGUCCCCCCUCCCUCUCUGGAGCCCCAGCACGCCACCCCGGUCUCCUCCUGCACCUCGUCGCCCCUCAACGGCCAGUUGGACCGCCGGCCGCCCCCCGUCCCGGCCCGCGCCCCCAGGAUGAGCGCGUACGGCAGCUCGCCGAACUCUGUGACCGUGCGGCGGGUGGACGUGCGUCCCCAGGCGGAGGUGCGCAAGCCGCCCCGGAGGAUGCCCUUGCAGCCCCAGCAGAAGCCCCGGCAGAUCGCCCAGCCACAGGUGGCCCACUCCACGCAGGUGGCCCAGCAGCCGCAGAUCCCGCUGUCGCUCCCUCCUCCUCCACCUCCUCCCACCACCUCCUCCUCCUCCUCCCCUUCCCCGGCGUCCCUGCCCGUAUCUCUGCCCGGUCCGCAGCAGCCUCCCUCCCCCUCCUGUGUGCCGGCGAGCCCCAUGUUACUCCGCGCGGCGGCGGCAGCGGCCGGCGUCGUCCUCCCGCCAGCAUCGCCGGCCUUCACGCGCAUCUCCUCGGCCAGCUCGCGCGGCUCGGGACGCAAGCACCCGUCGCUGCACCGCUCCAAGUCGGACCUGAGCGACCGCUACUCGCGCGCCACCGCCGACCUGGAGCGCUUCUUCAACUACUGCGGCCUGGACCCCGACGAGGUGGAGGGCAUGGGCGGCGUGGAGUGCUUCGCCCGCGCCAGCUCCGACAUAGUCUCCAUCUCCAAGAUGCGCAGCGUCAGCACGCCCAGCUCCGAGUGCGGCGGCGGCGACGUGGGCUACGACGGCCGAGGCAGGGGAGGGUGCGAGGACGAUUACGAGGACGACGACGAAGGCCCGCCCAGGCCCAACGAGCGCGUGCCCUACAGCAUCUCGGUCAUCGAGAGGAACGCCCGCGUCAUCAAGUGGCUUUACGGCAUCCGGCAGGCACGAGACACCUCACAGAACGUUUCUAAUGUCUAGACACUCGUGUAUCCGUCUGCACAGGAGGCUGGACUUCAGGGCAGACGGGAAGUGAUAUCAGAAUAUGCAUUGGGGAAAGAGACUAACUUGGGAUAGCUUUUCGUUUUGUUGGUUUCGUUUUUUUAUGGUAUAUAGUUAAUUUAUUAAUUCCCUGAGAACAUUUAGAGUCCCCUUUUGUGUCUCUAUUUUUUUUUUUUGUAUAUUUGUGUAUCACAGAGAGAUUUUUCUUUUCUUUUUGCCUUACAGUAAGUUAAAGGAUAUAUUUUUUUGUUUGUCGGGGGGGGGGGGGGGGGGGGGGGGGGCACCCCUCUACGUUCGGUGCAUUAACCAUCGGGCUUAGAACUGCUCGCUCUUCUGGAAACGUGAGUCAUUAUCAUCAGGGGUCAGCUAUGUGGACCACUUACCUCAGAGGCGAAUGGAAGGCCAUCACACUCUGCACAUAGACUAGUGGGUGAUAUGGAGCCUGUUAAAGCAAUAAUGAUCGCAAUGGUAAUGAAAAGCUUUUGAGUGAGUGACAGGAGGAGGAGGAGGAUGAAGGCAGCAGUAGACCUGCUGUUACAUUGCUGACGUUCAGGUACUUUUAGUGUGUUUUAAAAGAGCAGUGGUGGUGUGGCUGUGAACUUUGAACCCCAAGUGUUGCUGUCAGAUAUCUGGUGCUACUUUGAUCUCUGAGCGCUGUGCUCGUCUUUUUCUGUCAACAAAUCCCUUCAGUCAAAGAGCAAAGAGCUUGGCCAGUUUAGAAGAGAGGAUGAUUGAUUGAUUGGUUGGUUGAUUGAUUGGUUGAUUGAUUGACAGCUUUCACUUUGGGGUUCAUCAGGUCGCAGCCUCUCAUGGCUGUGGAGAGUCCAGUAAGCCACAGUUUGGUGAAGAAUCAGAGAUAUGCAUUGCAUGGCUAGAGAAGAUGAACCUACACACACACACACAGAUCAGAUUUACAGACACACAGAAGUUUAGGCACCCAUACACACAUAUUAGUAGUGCACACAUGUAAUUCAACACAACCACACAUGCACAUCUGCACACUUACACACAGACACAAAAUCCAGUUUGCUGGUAUCUGCAAUGGACGUCUGUGUGUGUGUGUAGAGAGGGAGGAAGAGCGCUUUUACAGAAAUGCAAAGAAGAGACCCUCAUAAAUACUGUGAAAUAAAGGCAUUGUUCACAAAAAGAGAGAGAAACACUUUGUUCAGUUACCGUGGCUAUUAGACUGUUAAUGCUGUCCAUGUUCUGCAGUGCAUGAAGAGAAGCCCUUUUUAGCGUGAAUGUGUGUGUGCGACGUGCGUGUGUGUAACAUGCAAGUGUAUAUGUCUGGUAUGUUUUGGAACGCCAUCUCGAUGAAGCACACUUUUCCUCACUCACAGAACACAUUCCAGCACGUACAUAACACAGAUGGGUUCCGUAGUGGCAGGGGUCAGGUUCUUGUUCCACGAAAGUGUUGAGGAUAAACAGGAUUUUUUUCCCCUUCUUUUUUACGUUUGUCGUAUGCUGUAUUCUGGAAAGAGCUUGGAGAAAGGUCUUGUCAUGUUGUCAACAAGUGGUUCAAGUAUGUUGGUCAGAGGUCGGAGUUCAAAGGUCACUUUGGCCAUCUGCUCAGUGGUGUGGGGACACUGGCCCCUCAGCCUCACCGCUGGUCGUGGAGUUGGAACAGGAGUGAGGAGAGAUUAAAAGGCAAGGAGUGGUCAUUUCAGUGCAAGGAGUAUGGCUAAUACAAAAACAAACAACGUCAACAACAAAAUACAACUGUAAAACAGAGACUCUAUGGACAUGCAAUGUUACUUAGUUACAACUUUUCAAGACUUGUUGAGUGUUCAGUGUUUCAAAGUUUAGUUUCUUGUUUUCAUUGAUUGCUGUUUGAGGGUAUCCACAUACAGAUAAAUAACACACACACACACACACACACCCACCCAGACACUCAAAUGGUGAUGAACACACGCACACUCACGGUUGUGUGAAGAUGAGACAUGACAUGUAUGACUGGGUGGUCUUCCCCAUGUUUGUGAAUGCCCUGUUCAGAUGUGCUGUUGAGUUGAGCAUCGGCCAGUUCAAAAAAGAAAAGAGAUCUUUUUCUGCUGCAACCUCUUGUCAUCUUUACAUUUCAAUAAAGACAAAAAUGUUCAUACGUG